AUGGCGCACAAACUGAGCUCUUUCAACAAGACCGAGAUCGAUCUCUUCGCCCAUCGUACCUUGAGCCGACCUUUCGACAUGCUGAUCGAUGAUGGCUUACACGAAUCCCUUGGAAACCGAGCGAAUCUAGCGUAUUGGUGGCGGCUCGUGCGGCCUGGCGGAUGGUACUUGAUAGAGGAUUUGCCAGUCGCCAUCGUGUCACCAACAACGACGUUUUGUCCCGCAGAGUCGCUACGUGUGUCUGACUUCGCUUUCGAGGAAGAGAACAGAAGGGACUGA